CGUUCCUUUUCCUCCCUCUCCCUCUCUUCUCUUGCUAUCUACGCGUCCUCACCCGUUCAAGCUGGCGGCCCCUUUUUCAUCCAGAGCAUUCGUUUGUUUGCUCGUCCUCUGACGUAUCGCACGUCCAAGUCUGUCGUUUUCAUCACAAGAUAUACCAACACUCCUUUGCUAUUUCUUUUCUUGUAGCUGUAUUACUUUCCUCGGCCAUGUCUCCAUCUCUCGUUACUCUUGCCACGGCCUUUCUGGCCUGUGCCUCGACGGCUACGGCUGCCAAGGCUUACCAGAUCGAGGAGACCUAUGAUACCAGCAACGUCAAUAGCAAGUGGAACUUUUUUGAGAGCAAGUUUGAUACUGGUAACGUCCGGGACAUUGACCCAACCGAGGGCUUCGUCAACUACCGCUCCUACAACGAUGCCAAGGCACUGGGUGUCCUCUCAGAGGAGUCGGGUUCCAUCAUGAUGAAGCCCAACUUCCCCACGGGCAUCACUGCCAAGGGCAAGGGCCCCGACAGCGUCCGUCUGGAAAGCAAGGCCCGUUACCAGCAGGGGCUCUUCAUCGCCGACUUCUCGCGCUUCCCCAAGCCGGUGUGCGGUUCCUGGCCCGCCUUUUGGAUGUUUGGCAACUCGUGGCCCGAGGAGGGCGAGCUCGACAUCUACGAGGGCUGGAACGUGCAGCCCGUCAACGGCAUCGCCCUGCACACUGACCACGCGGCCAAGGUCGGCAGCUGCCACAUCGACGCGCAGGACGUCAACGCCGACGUACAGACCACCAACUGCGACAACUUCUUCACCGACAUCCCCAAGCAGUGGGAGGGUACCGCCUGCCUCGUCAAGGAGCGCAAUGGCCUCUGGGGGAACCCCACCGGCGGCGUCUACGCCAUUGAGUGGUCCUCGCGCAACGUCAGCGUCUGGAGCUGGGCUCACGAGAAGACCCCCGCCGACGUCCUCGACGGCAAGCCCAACCCGCGCACCUGGGGCCAGCCUCACUUCUUCGUCGGCGACUCCAAGUGCGACAUCGAGCGCGUCCUCAGCAACCAGAAGAUUGUUCUCAACCUGGACUUUUGCGGCGUUACGGCCGGAAACGAGGGAAUCUGGGGACAGGAGUGCAAGGCCAAGACAGGCGCUGCCACCUGUACUGAAUAUGUGGCCGGCAACCCAUCGGCUUUUAGCGAUGUUGCUUUUGGCCUGAAGAACAUCAAGGUCUACCAGAACAAGGAGAUUGAAGAGCCCAAGCCGACUACCACUGCUCAGUCCACCACCACCACCGCCACCCCCAGCAGCACCUCUUCGUUGUCCUCUACCACGAAGACCACGGAAAGCCCUUCAGCCACCGGUAUCACAACCUCCCCCUCGACCACCGCUACCACCACCGCUUCUUCGACUGAAGCCUCUACCAGCGCCUCGUCAACACUGACCACAACAACGCCACCAAGCACAAACCAGUCCACAACCGCGACUCCUGCACCCACCAGCGACUGCGAGGACGAUGAGCCCACCGGUACCCCCACGCAGUCCACAACCAAGACCAGCACCAUGGCCUCAGGCACUGCCACCACCAAGGAGCCCGAGCAGUCCAUCACCUCGACUAUCACGACCACCAAGACGUAUGUCAUUACUUCGUGCGCACCCACCGUGACCAAGUGCCCGCUCGGCCAGGUUACAUCUGAGGUCAUCACCACCACAACCGUCUGCCCAGUAACUGCAACUGGCACCGGCUCUGCUACCACUGUCACUGGCUCUGGCUCUACCUCUACCAUCACACCCAUUGGCACUCUUACCGCCCCCACCGGUACUGCCACCACCAAGCAGCCCGAGCAGUCGGUCACUUCGACCAUUACAACCACCAAGACCUACACCAUCACAUCUUGCGCCCCCACCGUGACCAAGUGCUCGAUCGGCCAGGUGACAUCCGAGGUUGUUACGACUACGACAGUCUGCCCAGUGACCGCAACCGGCACCGGCUCUGCUACCACUGCAACUGGCUCUACCAGUACUAUCACUCCCAUUGGCACCCCUACCGGUACUGCCACCACCAAGGCCACCACAAAGACGCCCGAGCAAUCCGUGACCUCGACCAUCACAACCACAAAGACCUACACCAUCACAUCUUGCGCGCCCACCGUAACCAAGUGCCCAAUCGGCCAGGUCACAUCCGAGGUCAUCACCACCACCACCAUCUGCCCACCCGAGCCCACGACGACACUCCAAACCACGACCGUCCACAGCACGCUGUCGCUGACAUCGACGGUCCGCAUCACGCGCCCUACAUCUUCCCUUUCAUCCAAAUCGUCCCCUCCCUUCCCCUCGUCGUCGGCCGUCGGCAGCAACUCGACCCUCCCGGCCAGCACCAAGACCGCCACGCCGACGUUGACGAGGGGCACGGCGACCGGCACCGGCACAGUGAUUAAGCCGACAACCGCGACCACGACACCGUCUGUGCCCGUCGUCACGGCCGGCGCGUCUGGUGUCGAGGCCGCUGGGCUGUUGGCCUUUGGAGCCCUCUUUUUGUUUGCCUUGUAA